GCUGACUCUUCCAGGUAUAAGAAGAAUGGAGCCUCCCGUAGAUCCGGAGGAGCUAAUAUCUUGCCCGUACGAGCCAGUACAUAUGUUUAGGAGUAAAAGGCUCAUCUAUCAUUUAGAAAAAUGUAGAAAAAAUCAUCCAACAUCAGAGUUCAAAAAGUGUGAUUUUAAUGCAAGUCACAUCGUUCCUGCACCAGAGAUAGCAUUUCAUUUAUCAAUUUGUCCGGAUAGGGGAAGGUUGGAGCUAGAGGUCUUCCAUGAGAAUCAUCAGUACAAGCAGAAAGGAGACACAAGUUUGCCACAGUGCGACUGGACUCCACCAGAAGCCAGUGAGAGCUGGGAUGGCGACAAUGUCAGAUUUGAGCCGAAAGUAAACGAGCAACUUUUUGAAGAGGAAGCUGCUAAGAUAAAACCUUCGCAGGCUAAACCAAGCAAAAAGCCACCUUCUCCUGAAAAAUGGAGAAUGCCUCAUUCACUGCCGAUGACUGGACCAAUAAGGACAAGUGGUGGGCGGGGGAGAGGGCGUGGCAUCACAAAAAAAUUGGCAGAGGCAAAACCUGGCCCGUCUGGCUUACAAAAGAAUAGAGGUGCCUCGGCUGAUGUUGCAGAGCAGUCUUCACUACCUUCUGGUUUGGGAAAAUCUCAUUCUGGUUCCCUUUCUCAAGGACAGCCUCAUCCCGUCUCUCUUUUGUCUCAUGAGCUGGAGCAGUCUUCCCUUUCCGGAGAACCUGAUUCUAGCUCUUUUUCCCUUUCUCAAGGGCAGCCACACUCUGCCAGCUCACACGUGAUGGGUCCAUCUUCCCUUCCUCCUGGCCUGGGACAAGUUGGUUCUGUCAUGAGUCAGUCUUCCCUUUCACAAGUCCAGCCUCAACCUUUGGGGCAGUCUCCUGGUCUGGGACAACCUUACUCUGGCUCUAGAUUGAAUUUCAUGGGACAUUCUUCCCUUUCUCAAGUACAUCCUCAAACUGGUGGGCAGUCUUCUCUUCCUCCUGGUAUGGGACAGCCUUAUUCUGGUUCUAGUGUGAAUUUCAUGGGACGGUCUUCCCUUUCUCAAGUACAUCCUCAAACUGGACAGUCUUCCCUUUCUCAAGUACAUCCUCAAACUGGUGGACAGUCUUCUCUUCCUCCUGGUCUGGGACAACCUCAUUCUGGUUCCAGUGUGAAUUUAAUGGGACAGUCUUCCCUUUCUCAAGUACAUCCUCAAACUGGACAGUCUUCCCUUUCUCAAGUACAUCCUCAAACUGGUGGGCAGUCUUCCCUUCCUCCUGGUGGUAUGGGACAACCUCAUUCUGGUUCUAGUGUGAAUUUGAUGGGACAGUCUUCUUUUUCUCAUCAAUUUGUGGGGCAGUCUUCCCUUCCCCCUGGUAUGGGACAACCUCACUCUGGCUCUAAUGUCAUGAGUCAGUCUUCCCUUCCUCCUGGCCUGGGGCACCCCAGCUUGUCCCAGCCUGUUUUUAAUGCUUUUGGUACCAAUGGACAACCAGUUGGUAGGGGAUUGGCUCAACCACAUAUGUAUCCAAUGGCUCUGUCUCAGAAUCCUUUUGUUCCAGCUAGUAUGGGAAGAGGAAAUGGCUAUGGCCGUGGUGCUCUCUGCUUUGGAAGAGGUAAGAUACCCCUCCCAACCAGCACAACCACUGUUAAUGGCAGUGCCUUGAAUGGAGUUUUGCAAGCAACUCCUAAUGGAGCCACAAACCUCAAGUCUGCAGGUAUAAAUAAUGCCCAAUCUUCUCCUCCUGCUCCUAAUCCUUCAGUGGAAGAAAUGGAGAAAAAAGAACAGAAUGAGGAGGAGAUAAUGAAAAGAAAGAAUAUUAGGAAAUUGAAGAAAGCCCUUCGUCAGGUUGAAGAGCUUGAAUUGAAGCAGAAAUCAGGAGUAAUUCUGACACCUGAACAAUUUGUUAAACUUAACCGUAAAGCUGACUUGCUGUCAAAGUUACGUGAAGUAGAAACUGAUGAGGUGGAAUGAAUUACCCUAUGACUCAUCCUUCCAUUUAUCCUACCAUCCAUUUAAUCACAUAGUUAUGCUGUUGUAGCAU